AGGGAUCUGAGACAAGCUGCUUUUCUGACACUAGCAGUAGUGUCUAUUCUUGAUUGAAUUUCUGACUUGACUGACUGACUUGUUAACUUCUGCUGUGAUGGCAAUGCCUGCUGCAAAGAGUAGCCAACAGUGCCCAUAUCUGACGCUGAUGUAGUCAGUAUAUCUAUUAGACUAUUAGUUUCAAGGAACUGUUUCUGUAACCACACAAUAGAUCGAGCCCAUGAUGACACAUAGGCAAAGUGCAUAAUUGAUUGUAAAGAGGUCAUCCCAAAACCUCCGUAUUUGAUUGGCAGUACAACCUGAUCCCAUUGGCUUGAUGUUAUACUGUUACAGCAUAGCAGACUGCAGAAAGUUUUCUUAGUCAAGCCAUCGUGUAUUGAAGCUGCAUGAGAUAAACUGCUUGGUCGUAUUGAUCGAGCUAAAUGGUCAAGACGUCCUACAUGACAGUUGUCUUAGUAGAAGCAUGAAACUCUACAGAUCAGUAAAACCAAUCAGUUUGUCACACAGAUCUUUUCCCCUCUAUAUAUCUGUCUGUCUGUUUGUCUGUCUGUCUGUCUGUUUGUUUGUCUGUUUGUCUAUUUGUAUGUAUGUAUGUAUCUGUAUGUAUAUAUGUAUGUAUGUAUGUGUGUCUGUCUGUCUGUUUGUCUGUUUGUCUGUCUGUGUAUCUGUACGUAUGUAUGUUCUGUGUAUGUAUAUAUGUAUCUUUGUAUGUCUGUCUGUUUGUCUCAGUUCAUUUCUGUUUGUGUGCCUGUCAGUUGUUUAUUAACAUUAACUAUAGCAAUGACUUUUCUUGUUUGUUUCUUUGUAUCAUUUGCUUACACACUGUUAGCUGUGCAUGUAUAUAUUCAUUAUACAUAAUUAGUCUUUGGUUGCUUCAGUAGUUUUGUGCAGUAGAAUUAUUCUUAGUGGGCAAGAGGUACAGCAACACUCAUGUAUUGAAAAGAGCAACAUUUUAGUUAGUUUGUGCAUCUGUUUGUCUUUGUCUGUUUAGUUUAUUUGUUACUAGCUACAAUGCCCGGCUUUGCCCGGGUGCAUUCAAUUGUGAGGAAUUACCAUGAAAGUAUCUUAAAAGUAAAAAAACACUAGUGCAAAGCAAAGCACAGGGCACCGGCUACCGCGAAGAGCACCAGUUGCUUUUCGAAAGUAGAGAAAGUCAUGUGCUAAAGCAGGAGCAGAAAGGGACAGCGAAGCUGAAACUGGCUGGAUUUAGAACACUAAACAAUUUGGUUGUGAAGUUGGACUAUGCUCAUGAAGUGACAUUUGCUUAUUUUUCUGUGUUGAUGUGAUGCUUUAUUUUGUGUGUUUGUGUAACAGCGCGAUCAUGUGUUUGAACUCAGUUUAGGUGAUGGAAGUGUAUUGUUGUUCCAGGCACCAUCUGAAUCUUCUAUGUUGAAAUGGGUUGCUGUUCUUAACGAUGUCAGUGAAGCUGCAGGCAUUGAAUCAGAUGGAGCAAUUGAGGACGUGACGGCAAUAAUCUUGAAACAACUGGAGCUUGAAAAUCGACGAAGACGAAUCACUGGAAAGAAGGCGUCUCAAGUGUCUUUUUACGAAGAUGAUGCUCAUGAUGCAGUUGAUUUUGACGCUGUGAAUGAUCCUCGGCUUCAGUGUCUGUAUCAACAGCUUCGUCAACGGGAAGAAGUUUUGAAGCAAUUGGAAGAGGAAGAAAAGGCUUUUCUUGAUGAGGAGCGUAGCAUUAUGGGACCGAAAGAGUUUGCAAGAGUUCACUACAUAGCCACAGCAAGCAAGAAGUAUUAUCUCAUUCCGGGUUAUCAACAGUCUCUCAUAAAGCCCGGAACCAAGUUGACUAUCUUUGGUCAACUACCUAAUGGCCGGUGGAGAUGCCGAGCUGAAAGAGAAGGAUUUGCGGACGUUUACUGUGAUUCGGAUGGACAACCUGGCUUGACCAUUACAAUCAGUGAUGAUCCGAACGCCGAGUAUUCGCUGUUGAAUGAAUUUAAUAGACUGAGUAUAGUUUCUGAACCGGGAAUAUGCACUGGUGCUCCUCUGUUUAAGAAGCAACCACUUUGCCUCACUAAAUCAAACAGCGUACCGUCAUUUUCAAGUGACGUGUUGAAAAGGGCGUCAGAAAUUACUCGUAGGUCAGUAGACAGCUCAAAGGAUUUGUUAAAUGAGACAACAGCAACACCUUCGGUAAUUAUUGCUAAUGCAAGUGAUGGUAUGGAUUCUGUGUUUGAUGAAGCUCUCACUACUAACAUGAAACUGGACACAAACGCAGACAGUAAAGUGAUGGAUAGCAUGUCACCAGAACAGCAAGAAUGUGAUAAUCGUAAAGCUACACUCACGCCACAGGUGUCGUUAACUGACGAAGAGUUGAUCAGGAAAACUACUCUCAGUUCAAAGAGACUGAGUGCUGUUGACAUCGGUAAAAUGUUUUCUGGUCUUGACGUCACGUUGGCACAGAAUGACAGUACAUGUGGAUCUGGUUUAGCUAGUAGUCCAUAUGAUAGGCUGAGUAUGAAUGCAUCUGGUUCAUCUGGUUCUGAUAAAAUAGGCAAUGUACGCAGUGAUGUCCAAGUGCUUGCAAUGCAAGGACUUUUUACAGUAAAAGAAAAGAAGAAGGAAGAGCCAGCGAUAGUAACUGAAACGACAGAAGUGGUGUCAGAGGAAAGCCAGUUGUCAAUUGAGCAGUCCGUAGCAGAGAAAAGUGUUCAACCUGUUGAGCAAGAUGACAGGAGAGGAUACACAGCUACAUAUACAAUCUACCAAUCUGUUACAAGGAAGACGUUCCCUCUCAUUGGAAGUGUACCAACCAGUCUUCUCUGGGAGCUCCAGAAGGCUGCAGAAUCGAGUUCUCCUCCUCCGUCAGAGGACCCAGAAUCAUUGUCUGACUUGUCACCAGCUCCUUCUCCCAUUACAUCUCCUCUUAUACAAAAAUCCGGUCGCAAACAGACUGGAUUGAAGCUCUUUUCAUCUCUUAAAUUAGGCGUUGACAGACAUAAACAGCAUCUGCCUAGUUCUUUUGGUUCCAGGUCACCAUCAAGUCUUAAAAGAUUUUUUUCUCGGUCACCAAAAGUCAACAGAAAAUCAGAUAUGUCAUCUUCUUUACCAUUGAUAAGUUGGAGAGGUGAUCGUUCAUCAACGUUACCUCCUCAUGUAGAUACCAUGAUUGGGACAAAGGAAAGUCGAUCUUCGUCUCCUGCUAUUUCUCGUCAUUCAUAUGCUGGAAAUGAUAGACGUUCUCAAACUUUGUCAUCUGUGUCAUCUCAAUACAGUGAUUCAUCUCGCUACUCUUGGUCUCCUGGUACAACACGUCGUUCUGCAUCACCUACAAUAGUUCGUAGUGACAGAAGAGGUUCUAGCAAAUCUCACUCUUUAAGAAGGCAAAAUUCAGAUUCUACACUUGAUAUUGAGAGUGAAGAGAGGAAGUCUCCUCUUCUUAUUCGAAGACACACAUCUGAGAUCAACAGAAGAGGAUUUGAAAUACGACGGAAGAUAAGAUCAAAAGGAAUCAGUCUUAUUGUUGGAUCAUCAUCAUCAUCAUCUUCAGAAGAUGAAGUUUCUGAUGAUCAUUCAUCUAACACACAUAUGAUGCAGUCACGAGAGAAGCCACUUGUUGAUCAAUUUGGAAUUUUUAAGAACCAAGCAGACAGAAGGACUGCUCGUCCAAGAGCUGUGCACACAAUGACACGCAUUGACAAGGAAAGGGUGAUGAACUUUCCUGUUAUGCAAAGCAUUCAGGAGAAGAGGGAAGCAAUAAUGGCUUCUCUUCAGAGACAAACAACAGACACUAGUGCAGAUGAUGCUAUGGUGGAUGAUGCAACCAGAGAUGAACCAUUAACCCCUUUAUCGAGUGAUGGUUCAUCAACACCAACAAAGAAAUUGAGAAGCUUCUUUGGCAGUUUAACAUCGAAAAUGAAAGAUAGAAAGGACAAGGCAAAUCUGACAAAACCACGUGCACAAACUCUUCCACGUGAAUGGACAUCAUCAAGCAGCAGAUCACCAACUCCAGAUGUUGCGUCUCCUCCUCCUGUUGUAAAUCCUCCAAUGAACUCAAGACGGACUGUGUUAUUAGAAGAAAGUGAUGGAAGUUAUGGGUUCAAACUUGAAACAUACAGGUGGCUUUCAGCUUCUGGCGAACAGAAAAGGCAGACGUUUGUUGUUGGUGUUGAUGAAGACAUGCCAGCAUAUUUGAAUGGCUUGAAAGUAGGGGACGCCUUCUUAGAAGUCAAUGGAGAAAGCAUAGAGAAUUUGGAUCACAGUGAAGUUGUUGGAAAGCUGAAGGCUGCCAGUGGACCAAUACGGGUUGCUGUCAUGUUUAUUGACGGUGUGAAACGUAGUCGGUUGCAACAACAACUAAAUGGCUUGAAAAAGAAACUGAAGCAGAAGCAGAAAGAGCUGUGGGUAUUAUUUCAACGAGAAGCGAUCUUGACUGGCAACGUUGAUUCCGACGAAGACGAGAGUGAGUCUGAAGAUGUCGAAGGGCAAUGACAUGAGAUACAUUGCAUUCCAGGUUUUGAUCAUAUAUGUAGUGCUAAUUAGGCAAUUAAUUAUUUGUAAAUUGUAGUAACCGAUUUAUAUGCUUUCAAUAUGUGCUUUGGACUUAUAUAUAUAUAUAUAUGUACUGACUUUGAUGAUAUGACUGCUGUUGAUAUCAAUAACGCUGGAUGCAUUUUUAAGUUACUGGUAGAAUUUUUAAACAGUGUAAGAGUUUGUGAUACUCAGCAUCUGGAAUGUUGACAAUCAAAAGUUAAUUUUAAUGUUGAAUAAUGA